UCUUAUUUCCCCAGGUGUUCACCAUGCUCACCAGCUUUGUGGAUGGAAUAUGCUGUUGCUUUACAGGGAAGUCCACUAACGUUGUGGUCCCUGUUGAGUCUUCCGAGCCCACCGAUGGUUUUGAAUUUGUUGAGGUAAAGCCAGGAAGGGUUCUGAGAGUUCAGCAUAUUAUCCCAGACAGACCAGUGGUUGAGGAGCCAGGUACUGGGGAAGGGGGUACGGUCAGCUGCAAGCGCAAAAUCUCAAUGUACCGAAAUGGACAGCUUCUGAUCGAGAACGUCAAUGAAGCCACCCAUCCAGAGUUGGUCCACUAUCAGAAUGGAGACAGCACUGUGGAUACGGAUGUGUCCAACUGUGAGGCUCCCACCGCAGGCCAGGCUGCUGAGCCCACACCGGGGUCGGGGGCCGCAGGACCGGCUACAGAUACCAAACCUGCACCGCAGCAAGUGCAGCGCAGACGGCGCAAACCCAAACGCUCCAUUGUGAUUGACUGUGAGCGGAAGAUCACAUGCUGCAAAGGUACUCACCCUGAUGUGGCCUUGUUUUUCAUUCAUGGAGUUGGGGGGUCGUUGGAUAUCUGGGGAAACCAACUGGACUAUUUCUCCCAACUUGGUUACGAGGUCAUUGCCCCAGACUUGGCUGGCCAUGGUGCAAGUUCUGCUCCUCAGAUUCCCGCUGCCUAUACCUUUUACGCUUUGGCUGAGGACGUUAGGAUCAUCUUCAAGCGAUAUGCAAAGAAGCGUAAUAUUUUAGUAGGACACUCUUAUGGUGUCUCGUUUUGUACCUUCUUGGCUCAUGAGUAUCCAGAACAAGUUCAUAAAGUUGUGAUGAUUAAUGGUGGAGGUCCUACAGCACUCGAGCCCAGUCUCUGCUCUGUCUUCAGCUUGCCCACGUGUGUCCUUAAUUUCCUGUCCCCGUGUCUCACCUGGAGCUUUCUCAUGUAAGAAUAAUGGUCCACAGGACACAUUUGUCAUUGCCUUGCCCUUUGCCAGCUUGAACGUGAGUGUCUAUGUUUGGCAACUACCUUGUUAAUUUAAUUAAAUAGUUUUAGCAAAAUCCUAUAGUAUA